AUGGCCGGCGGAGGGGAGGUCGACGGGAGGAAGACGGUGGAGGGCCUAAGGGGAAGGCUGCUCGCGGAGAGAGCGGCUUCCAGGGCAGCCAAGGAAGAGGCAGAUCUCAUGACCAGAAGGGUACCUUUUCCCAUCGUUUUCUCGGAGAUCUUCCUUCCCUUCUUCUUCCUCGAUGGCCUGCAGAUUGAAGCUGAUGCUGCUGAUUUCUUUUCCCCCAAUUCUCUUCUCCUGCAUCUUAAUGGUGCGCAGCUGAGCGAGCUGGAACGAAUGCUGGCAAUGGAGAUCAGAGCCAGGGAUAGAGCCGAGAAGUUGCUGAAAUGCAUCCUGGAAAAGCUGGAUCCGUCGAAGGUCUUUUACCUUUCCGGCCAAUCUGUGCCGUCAUCGGGGGCCUCUUCCGGCUCUUCGUCCCCGACCUGCUCUCGGAGAAUCUCUCCAAUUGUGUCGUUCCCACCACUCGACGCAGAGAAGAAGAAGGCGGAGGGGCCGCCGGAUCUGUCGCUAUGGGAGGACCUUCUCGAUGGAUCCUCAGACGCGACGUCCCCUUGUUCGACCUGCCAGUCGAAUUACCCAGAGGAGAGGUCAUCUUCUCCCGGAACUUCCCGUUCUAGCGGCGAAGAGAACACGGAGCUCGAAGCCUGUCCGAAGUCCACCACCACCUUCGACGGCGAAGCCGCCGACGAAUCCGGCCGGUGCGUAAGCUUCUCCACCGAAAUAUUCCUCUGCAUCUAUCUACAAGAUCUUCUUCCAGAUCCUCGUCAUGAUCUUAGUCAUCUCCUGUAUCCACAAUCAGGGAAGAACCGCCGGCGGCGGGCAAUCUCGCUGCUCCCCAAGUCAACGACGAGGAUCGCCGAGUUGCGUUAUCUCCGGCGAGAAUUACCGCCGCGUCGGCGGCGAGCUCCGAGCCGACCGCCGCCUGUGCGAGGUAGGUGGCGGCGUUCUCGAGGGGAAGAACGACCACUGUCCUCACCUACGACGAUCCCCAUGGUCUAUCAAACCCCUCCACGUGGGAUAUAUUAUCUUUGAGGAUCCAAUUUUUUUAACAUUAUAAUUACGUCAUUGUUGCUCUAUUAGAUUAGAUGGAUAGAUGGAGAGAGAGAGAGAGAGAGUGCGUGUGUGUGCGUGUAACACAGAGAGAUCAGGGUUGACCGUUGCCGAUUUGGUUAUUUCCGAAAAAUAACAGCUGUCUUGGGUACUAUAUAUAUAUUUAUAUCUAUAUAUUUUAAAGGACGAAAUUGCAACGAGAAAAGAGAGGAAUUGUGGGUAAUUCAAGGGGUAUAUGAUGAAAGUCAACUAUAG